ACCCUAAUCCCGUCCCGUCACCGCUCAAAUCCCAUUAUAUAACGACGACGCUGAGCCAUCACGAGCAUUUCAUUCCCCCGCCCGAUCCCCCUGCCGUGCCACCAAUCCAUCCGCCACCUACAAAUUCCCUUCCCCGGCCACCUAACCCUGCCCCUCAUCCCAACAAAGCCAGCUUCCUCAUCAUCCUUUCCCUUCUCUUUUGUUCGAAUCUUGCUUCUUCCUCCUUCUUUGUUCUCCUUGUUCAUCAUCAUCAUCUUCUUCUCCCUGUUCGCGGUGGUGGCGUCACCAACCGCUUCCACGGACCCGAGAAUCUCUCCGUCGAUCGCAGCCGCGAUUCGGUGGUCAAUUUGCUAUAUUUCCAUCCUUCCGUGGGUCCAAAUCGCGCUGCUCCUGCUCCGGCCACCGCUCUCUGAAUUGCCUCCGGCAAACCUUCUCCUUCUAGCUUGCAACGUAUCCUCCCUGCUGCUGCUCGCGAUUGGCGCAGCCUCCAGCGCAAUCCACCGGUUCCCGCACGCGCCGCGCCAUGGCGCGCAGCUGAUUCGCCGUCUCUGCGACGGGAUUGGCGGCUCCCUGCUCGAAUUCCUCGGCUCCGCCGGGGGGUGGUGGCGGCAAAUGUCCUUCCGGAGCCUCAUCCAGGACAUGCGGGACGAGUUCGGGAGCAUCUCGCGCCACGGCCUGCGCGCCUCCCGCUCGCACCGCGCCGUCGCCGCCCCGGGCGCGUCCGCGGCCGGGGCCGGGCUGGUCGACGCGCUCGAGGGGACCUGCUGGGCGCAGCUGCCGCCCGAGCUGCUGCGGGAGGUGCUCGUCAGGGUCGAGGUCGAUGACACCCUCUGGCCCUCCCGCCGGGACGUCGUGGCGUGCGCGGGCGUCUGCAGGGCAUGGAGGGGCAUCAUGAAGGAGGUCGUGCGCGUCCCGGAGGCCUCCGGCAAGCUCACCUUCCCCAUCUCACUCAAGCAGCCUGGCCCAAAGGAGAGUACUCUUAAAUGUUUCAUAAGAAGAAACCGGACUACUCAGACGUAUUAUCUAUACAUUGGAAUCACGGAAGCACUGGCUGAUGAUGGCAAGUUCUUGCUUGCUGCGCGCAAAUGCAGAAAGCCCACAUACACAGACUACCUUAUUUCCCUGGAUAUGGGUGAUGUGUCAAAGGGGAGCAGCACCUAUAUUGGCAAGCUAAGGUCAAACUUUCUGGGAACGAAGUUUACCGUCUAUGAUGCUCAUCCACCAUAUGAUGGAGCUGUGGUCUCGAAGAGCCGGUCUGCGCGUAUGGUUGGUUUGAACCAGGUCUCCCCAAGAAUUCCUGCUGGCAACUAUCCAGUUUCACAGAUUUCUUUUGAAUUGAAUGUGUUAGGCUCCAGAGGUCCAAGAAGGAUGAACUGUGUUAUGAGUUCUAUCCCUGCAUCAGCUGUUGAAGAAGGGGGCAAAGCUCCAACACAGACUGAAUUUCCUCUCAAUAACAUCGACUCCUUCCCGUCCAUUCCAUUCUUCAGAUCCAAAUCUGCUCAUAUGGACAGUACAGCUCCACAGAUACCUGCUCAGAACGAAGAGAAGUUGGUGCUGAAGAACAAGUCUCCUAGGUGGCAUGAACAGCUGCAAUGUUGGUGCCUCAAUUUCCGUGGACGAGUGACUGUUGCCUCAGUGAAAAACUUUCAGCUGGUUGCUUCAGACGAAACUGGACCCGCUGGCCAGGAGCAGGACAAGGUGAUUCUCCAGUUUGGAAAGAUAGGCAAAGACUUGUUCACCAUGGACUACCGGUAUCCCAUAUCAGCAUUUCAGGCGUUUGCAAUAUGUCUGAGCAGUUUCGAUACCAAAAUUGCUUGUGAAUGAGACAAGGUGCUGGGAAAAUCAUGGCAGCUGGAAGGAAGCAGGAAUGUCAAAGCUGAAGAUUUGGUAAUUCGUCGCCUCGUAGUUGUUAUUCCAGUGGUGCCAGGGUGUAUAUAGCAGUUAUAUAUAUCUAUAGUCUAUAUUUCCGUCCUGAAUUAAAUACAUUCUGUGCCGGUGCGGGCAAGUGAAAACAUAGAGGUUUUUCCACCAGUGAGCAGGCUUGUGUGGUGUGGCCAUGGGCCAUGGCCGAAUCUGUUUUGUCAGUUGAUAAGUUUAUAUAAGACGGGUCAUCGUUGCA